UCCAUAAGGUGGUUGUUUACAACAUAGAGCAGCUUGUCACAGUAAGGUUGAGCAGUUCAAGCGGUGAAUAGAAGCCAGUGAUCAACACUAUCACAAGAAGGGACCCCCAGUCAUGAUGGGUAAUCAGAAGGUCCUGAUCAUUUGGGUGUGGAUGUUGCUGUUGGCGUCGUUGUAUCCUUGGGGCCACUGCAAGCGUGGAGGAGGUUUUGGUGGCAGGGGUAAGGGAGUAGGUCUGCCAGCCAGAGCGCCUCCUUCCCAGAGCAAAGGCAGGCAGGGCCUGAAGCUGGCAGGUGCUGCAGCCGCGGGGGCUCUCGGUGGAGCGGCCAUCGGCUAUGGGCUGGGGUCUCUGGGCAGGCCGAGAUAUGGCUACGAUGGCUCCUCAGAGGCGGACAGGCGCUAUUACCCGGAUGGACCAGGAUACUACAACCGCUCGGACUGGCGGUAUUACAGGAACGCAGGCAGCACAGAGCACGUGACCAACGUCCUCAUAAUACUCGGAACAGUCGCACACAUCUUUAUGUGGGGAUGAGUUACAGGGUUUGAGGCAUUUCUUGUCACAGAGAGACAAGAUGCAGAAAGGGUUCAUUUUAAACAGAGGAUGCAAUCAUUUUCAUUGAUAGAGUGUUUGAUAAAGAGGAAACUAACUUACACCAGCAAUAUGCUU